GGGUAAUAAGAAGAGAUUAAUUUUUUUAGAAAAUGGAAGAUAAAAAUGCGAGCAGGUUGAUCCUAAAUCAAUGGCAGCCAUAGUUGUCUGCCACGUUGAUUCCUGAGAAGCGUCAAUUUGAAGAAGAGAGCGGGUGAAUUCAGCCGGGAGUGCAAGUUUUAGAAUAUAAAGAAGGAGGAAGAGACAGAAGGAGAGCAUUCUGUAGCAUAAUCUGCAUAUAGCCAGUGAGAAAUCGAUUCGAGGUUUGAAGCUUGAGGUUAUGGCCACUCUUCGUGUUCCUGACGAUGUUCCUUCCCCGAAUGCCGAUGCAGAAGCCAUUAAAGCCGCUCUCAAAGGGUGGGGGACUGAUGAGAAGGCCAUCGUCGCGGUGCUUGGCUAUAGAAAUGCAGGUCAGAGGAGGCAAAUCAGGAUUGCUUACGAACAGCUUUUUGAAGAGGAUCUUAUUAAACGCUUUGAAUCUGAGCUCUCUGGCCACCUCGAGAGAGCUGUGUAUCGAUGGGUUCUAGAUCCAGAAGACAGAGACGCUGUGUUGGCGCACGUAGCCCUAAGGAAGCCAAAUGAGGAUUUCGCAGUGCUUGUUGAAUUUUCUUGCAUUUACUCUCCUGAAGAGUUCUUGGGUGUUAGAAGGGCGUAUCAACACCGUUACAAGCGUUCAUUGGAGGAAGAUGUUGCCGCCAACACUCACGACGAAUUUCGCAAGCUGUUGGUGGGAUUAGUGAGUUCAUAUCGUUACAAUGGAGAUGAGAUCGAUUCAAAACUAGCCAAAUCAGAAGCUGAGAUACUUGAACGUGCAGUCAAAGAUAAGAAUUUCCAUCAUGAAGAUGUCAUAAGGAUCCUAACCACAAGGAGUAGGUCACAGCUUAUUGGAGUUUUCAAUUGCUACAAAGAUGCCAAUGGCAUUACCCUCUCCAAGCAAUUGGGUGAAGACCGUGCAGCCAAUGCGUUCACUGAAGCUCUAAAAACUGUGAUUCGAUGCAUCAAUAACCCUAUCAAAUACUAUGAGAAGGUGGUGCGAAAUGCAAUCAAGAAGGUUGGGAAGAGCGACGAGGAUGAAUUGACUCGAGUGGUGGUGACGAGGGCGGAGAAAGACCUGAGGCAGAUAAAGGAGGCUUAUCACAAGAGAAACAGUGUUACCCUUGAUGAUGCUGUGUCCAAGGAAACCUCCGGUGACUACAAGCACUUCAUCCUUGCUCUUUUGGGUAAUAACCAAGCUGAUGAUUAAAAUCACUGCUUCUUGAGUCCAAUAAUAUUUUUGUUACCUAUGAGUGUUGUGUGUCGGCUUGUAACGUAUAAUAAACUCGGUUCGUGCUCUGAGACUGACUUGUUUCCGUCGAGGAACACUUGGUUUUGUAACAAAUGCAUAUUUACAUUAAUUACAUUGUUUUUGUUCAA